CAACUUUAUUGUACAAACUUUUACGUCGAACCCUUUUUCGUUCGUUAUUUGAAAAAUAUAGGGUUCGAUGAUUCAUGAUUAUUGAUAUUUAUUCAUUAAAGGAGAUAUAAUUAUGGAUAAUCUAGGUCAAAGAAAAGAUGUUUCUGCAUCGAGACAAAAUGAUUCAGUAAAUAGGGAGCGAUUCAAUGAUGAAAAAGAUCAACGAGAUGAUAGGCGUAUAAGAAAGAAAUUUGCAAAAAGAGAGAGGAGAAGGCAAGCGAAAUUAAAUGCAACAUCAGGGCAACAUAACAUACACAGGUCACAAAAUUUUCAACGUCCUGAGUAUCAUCAUCCACCACCUGAAAGAUUUGAAAGAAAUCAAUAUAGUAGACAUAUUGAUAAUAGACCUAAUACUACGAGACAUGAUUAUGAUUCUCGUACAAGAAAUGAUGGUUAUACGACAAGACGACAAAACCAUACAUAUUCUUCAAGAACGCCAGGUUCACGGAGGGAUCGUUAUUUUCGAAGCCGAAAUUCUGACAAACGACGAUCACGACCUUCUUAUAGUAAUCAUGAUAGACAAAACACUAGAUUAUAUGAUCCUUCCCGGCGGUAUAAUAAAUCUCCACCUCCUAUUCAUCGUCAAAUAUUAUCUGUAUCUCCGGGACCUACUAGAUCUCCGGGACCUACCGGUUCUAUUAAAGAACCGAUUAUACGGAUUAAUACACAAUUUGCUUCAAUAUCAUAUUUGAGUAAAGCAGAUGUAACCGUUAGUUCAAAAGAUCCACUACCGAAACUCUUGGUAUUGGAUUUGAAUGGAACAUUAGUGUACAGAGAUAAAGCAAAAAGAGAUAUUAUAAAACGUCCAUAUAUGGAAAGAUUCAUGAAAUAUAUUUUUGAUUCUUCCAAUAGUUUUGCUGUAAUGGUAUGGUCAUCAGCUCAACCUAAGAAUGUUGAUAAAAUGAUUAGAGUUGCAUUUGGUCAAUAUGAAAAAAAAUUAGUUGCCAGAUGGACGAGGAAGAAUUUGAACUUAUCCGAUCAGGAUUAUUAUCAAAAAGUGGAAACAAUUAAGGAUUUGGAAAAAGUAUGGCGAGAAUUGAAUAAAGAUAAAUCAUCAACUUUUCCUCAAAUUGUAUGGGAUCAAACAAAUACUAUUUUAAUUGAUGAUUCUUAUGUGAAGGCAAAAUUACAACCUUUCAAUGCUAUUCAUUUACCUGAUUUUGAUAAUGAAAGGUGUAAAAGUGAAAAAGAUCGUGAAUUGUAUAAUGUUAUCGAUUAUUUAAGGAAAAUUCAUAAUCAAAGCAACGUUAGUGCUUAUAUCAAAAAUUUUCCUUAUAUUCCUCCUAAUGACUAUAAAGAUUAAUACCGAUCCUAGAAAAAGAAAGUAACAAUUAUUGUUUAUUUUAUUGAUUCAGAAGAAAGAUGGAUAGGUUUAAAAUCCGCGGUUGCUAGUUAAGAUGAUUAUUAUUAUUUCGUUAUCUAUAUAAAAUACAAUAUGCUUAUCAAAUUGAAGAAAUUUAAAGUAAUAUAUUUUUAAAUAAAUAAGCUGCCAACAUAUAAUAAUACUUAUAUUGAUCAAUUUGACAUCAAAUUGAUAUAUGAUUUAUUCUGAUACUGAUACAA